GGUUAUUUUGUUAAACAACUCCUAUACAAUAAUCAUCCUCCUUUUGAAUUUUGAGAAUUCAUGAACCUAUUAGCCAUAACUUCCCCUAUAAAUACUUAACACAGCUUCUUCACUCUUCACAUAUGUCUCAAACAAAUACCAAAGUGCCUUUUCUUAGGAUGAAGCUCUUGUGGAAAUCUCACGUGAGGGUACAAGUAAUUAGAUUGGUUUGUGCUCUCCUUUUGGUGACACUGCUGAGCUCAGAGGUAGCUGAGAGCAGAAAAGCCAAAACUGCUAGAACUUCCUUUGAGUACAAAGCUAUAAAUUGCAGGGCUCAUAGUGCUUCAUUGAUUGAUUUUGGUGGUGUUGGAGAUGGAAAUACAUCAAAUACAAAGGCUUUUCAGUCUGCAAUCAGUCAUCUGAGUCAGUAUGCUUUUAAAGGAGGGGCUCAGCUGUAUGUUCCUGCUGGGAAGUGGCUUACUGGGAGUUUUAGUCUAAUCAGUCACUUCACUUUGUAUCUAAACAAAGAUGCUUUUCUUCUUGCAUCUCAGGAUAUUAGAGAGUGGCCUGUGAUUGAACCACUCCCAUCGUACGGUAGAGGAAGAGAUGCAGCAGCAGGAAGGUACACCAGCCUCAUAUUUGGAACAAACCUCACUGAUGUUAUUGUCACAGGUGACAAUGGCACCAUAGAUGGCCAGGGAGCAUUUUGGUGGCAGAAAUUUCACAAGAAAAAGCUGAAGUACACUCGCCCCUACUUGAUUGAAUUAAUGUUCUCAGACAAGAUUCAAAUCUCCAAUUUAACCCUCCUAAAUUCUCCAUCAUGGAAUGUUCAUCCAGUUUAUAGCAGCAAUAUUAUUAUUAAGGGCCUCACCAUCAUCGCUCCUGUCCCAUCUCCAAACACAGAUGGCAUUAAUCCAGAUUCUUGCACAAAUACAAGAAUUGAAGACUGUUACAUAGUUUCUGGAGAUGACUGUGUGGCAGUGAAGAGUGGGUGGGAUGAGUAUGGCAUAAAGUUUGGAUGGCCCACAAAACAACUAGUUAUCAGAAGGCUGACAUGCAUUUCUCCAGAAAGUGCAGCCAUUGCCUUGGGGAGUGAGAUGUCAGGUGGAAUCCAAGAUGUCAGAGCUGAGGACAUCACAGCCAUCCACACAGAAUCAGGUGUCAGAAUCAAGACAGCAGUAGGAAGAGGAGGGUAUGUGAAGGACAUAUAUGUCAAGAGAAUGACCAUGCACACCAUGAAAUGGGUAUUUUGGAUGACUGGUAACUAUGGUUCACAUGCUGAUAGCCACUAUGAUCCUAAUGCUUUGCCUGAGAUCAAUGGCAUCAACUAUAGAGAUGUGGUGGCUGACAAUGUCACCAUAGCUGCUAGGUUGGAAGGAAUCUCCAAUGACCCCUUUACUGGAAUCUGCAUUGCCAAUGUGACAAUUAAUAUGGCAGCCAAGGCCAAGAAGCAGCCAUGGGCAUGCACUGAUAUUGAAGGGAUCACAAGUGGGGUGACUCCCAAGCCAUGCAAUUCUUUGCCUGAUCAAGGGCCAGAGAAAAUCAAAGCAUGUGAUUUUCCCCAAGAGAAUCUACCAAUUGAUAUGUUGGAGCUUCAGAAGUGUGUUUACAAGCAUUAAGCAUGCAUGACUACACUUGUUUUAAGAUGCGUCUUAUAGAUUUAUUUAAGGCUAAUCUUUUCCCAUUUCAUCCAGAAAUCAUUGCUCAAGAUGAGAAAUGAAUUUUCUGUCUAGUAAUGAAACAAUUUUUUUUUCUCUACAAGUUGAUUUAAGAAAUGGCUUUAUGGUUCUUAAAGCCUAAGCAUUAUGCUGUUGCAUUAAUCAAAUUUUGCUAGUUCUGUU